ACAGCUUCUCUUGCGUCGCUAAAAACUUGGGUCACAACCUCUGACCUUUAUUUACAGACUACGAGGACACGGCAUAUUUUGACAAUUAAGCUGUAAUUUAUUUUGUAAACCGUUAGAAGGCUAUCUUGGUGUAUGUUGUACGGACAAUUUUCACACCACUAUGGCUACUAUAGAGGAGGGAGGAUCAAUUGAAACUAAAAAAGAAAUAAAUCCAGAUAUUGAUGUUGUCACUGCUGAAGUCAUGGAUGGCACAGAAAUGAUUCACGUAAUGACCACUGGUAGUUCAGGAUCAGUAACACUUCCCCUGACACUGACCCAGAGUGGCCUGGUUUCUUUAACUUCUUCUGGACAAUCUAUGACUGACCAAGGCAUCACUUAUUUACUGCAGGGUGGCAGCAUGUCCAAUGGGAAUCAAGUGGUCAUGUCUGGUUCUGAUUUAACUCUUCGACUUAAAGAGGGAAGUACCCAGGUGGUUCAUGUACCUGCUAAUUCUUUUACACAGGUUGAUUGGGCCUCUAAAUUAAAGGAGUUGCAGCAUGCACAGCGCCUUGAAAGAUUGAAGGUAGAACAGCGACAGAUACAAGACAGAGUUACCCAGAAAAUGCAAUUUGAGCAGAAGUAUGAGCCCUGUGUUGUAUGCGGUGACAGAGCAUCUGGAAGACAUUAUGGGGCAAUUAGUUGUGAGGGAUGCAAAGGCUUUUUUAAAAGGUCAAUUAGGAAACAAUUAGGCUAUGCCUGUAGAGGUGCUCGAGAUUGCCCUGUGACAAAAUUGCAUCGCAACAGAUGUCAGUAUUGCCGGUUACAGAAAUGUCUAGCAGUGGGAAUGAGAUCUGAAUCUGUACAGCAAGAACGCAGGCCAAGUGAUCAAAGAGACAAGGUACCUGGUACAGUUGCCACCUCAACACAGAGGAUUUAUAUCAGAAAAGACUUUAACAGUCCCUCUGCAGCAAUACCAACAUUUAGUCCAAAGGGUAUUGAUGAUCAAAAAUAUGGCAGUCUUUUAGCAAACUUACAAGAGCGAGUUGUCCAUACAGACCAAGGAAUGGUGGUCCUUAGUUCUCAGAUGUCACCUAACUCAACCAUCAAUACAGAUCUCACCACCUUAGCCAAUGUUGUCAGCACAGUGAGCAAUACAGAAGUGAUGUCUAACAUGGCCAUAGAAGAUCUGGCAACACUUGCAGAUGUUGUGUGCACAGUUAACAACACAGAAGAUCUCUCAACCCUAGCUAGUGUAGUGACAACAUUAGCCACAAUGAGUAAAGAGGAGGUCAAUCUUGAUGACUUGUCCAAUCAGAACAAUUCACCUUCCCACAACAAUGGAGAUAUCAGCCGGGGCACACCGGAUGCUGCAGCCAGAGCUUUUGACAAUUUGGCCAAAGCUGUUCAGAGCCCACAGAGCCAGGGUGGGGCUGUUCUUGAUCAGUCCAUGUCUGAAGCUAGCUUUGAUCAAUCAGCCAAUAGUGAUGGUGAAAAUUCUCUUUUAGUUGAAACCCCAGGUCCACUAUUAACAGAAGCUAAUUUUGCCUUCACUUUAACCACUCCUUCUCCCAUGCCAACAUAUCUGAACAUUCAUUACAUUUGUGAAAGUGCAUCACGACUUUUAUUUCUCUCAAUGCAUUGGACAAGAUCUGUCUCAUCCUUUCAAGAACUGGGUGCUGAUGUUCAAACAGCGUUGGUUCGUUCAUGCUGGAGUGAGUUGUUCACUCUUGGAUUGGCUCAGUGUUCAGCCACUAUGUGUUUACCUACAAUGUUGGCAGCUAUCUUGAAUCAUCUGCAGGGUAGCUUACAGCGUGGAGCAGAUCACACAAAUCAAGACAAGGUGAAAAGUGUGAUUGAACAUAUCAUUAGACUUCAAGAUUACGUGACACACACCCAGGGCCUAAACAUCUCUCCCCCAGAGUAUGCCUAUCUAAAGACUCUUGUGCUGUUUGCUCCAGAUAAUCCCAAUGUGCGUGAUAAAAAGUUGAUAACACGCUUGCAAGAAAAAGCCAGGAAGGAGCUCCUCCAAUCUUGUUCAUCACCAGGAAGUUCAGAGCGUGUCUCACAACUUCUGCUACGUCUGAUCCCACUCAAGACAUUUGUACCUGCCAUUAUGGAAGAGCUUUUUUUCUCUGCCUUGACAGGUUCUGUGCAGAUUGACAAUAUUAUACCGUAUAUCCUUCGUAUGGAAACAGCCGAGUAUAAUUUGCAGAUGACUGGGCAAACAGGUGCUGCUUCUGUAGCAGGUAUCACUGGGGGAAUAGCUGUGCCAGCUUUACAUGACCCUAAUGCACCAAAUCAGCCUCCAAGUGUUCCCAUUGUGCUUGAGUCAAGUCAUCAUCAAGUCACACUAUCUGGUGACUCACACAACAUCAGGAGUGGUGGCGACCACUCAAAUAACCCCCACUCUAAUAAUGCAAACCUAGGUAUCCGUGCCUCCUUGAUAUCAGAUGCUGGUCAGGUUUUAACUCUUUACACAGAUGCAUCUCAUGCAUCUUCCUCACAGAAUUCAUCCUCAGCGACAUGAGUGUCACAAUGUUGAAUCAUUAUAUCUGACAUAAUAGCACAAUGUAACAUAGCUUUAUUUUUGUUGUGCAUUUGUUGAAAGGAUCAAGUGCUGAUUGUCUUUAUUGACUUUGAAAUUUUAAGGUGUAGUUUGUGGCUUUUAAAAACCGUGACAAUUUAUUUCACACAGUUCAUUUUUCACAUUAUCUUUUUCCAUUGCAUUGGAAUUUAUUUUUUUAAGUUCUAUCAAUUUAAUUAGGACAUAAAAAACUGAUCACCCUGCCUGAUGAAAUAGUAAUUUGGCAAUGUUUUUAACUGAAAAACUUAUUAGCUUGCUGAGAUUCUUAAAAUUUUAGUGACAUACUUCACUAGUCAGCUUAAUUUUUUUAUUUGAAAAAAAUACAGAUUACAAAAAUAUUCCAAUGUUACUUGUAAAUAUUCAUGCACCAAAUUUUUUCUACACAACUCCUUUCGCUGAUCACAAUGAAUAUUUUUAUUUGUGGGUACUUCAUCUUGACAAUGCUUUUAUUUAUUCACUUACCAUGACGAUGUCAUUUAUUAGCGUGUGAGAUGCCCUUUGUGCAUUAGGAUGACUUAAGUUUUGGUAUGGAUUUUUCUGCCCAGGUUGAAUAUACAUACACUAUAUUUUUAAUAAUAGUAAUUUUUAGUUUUUUGCUUUAUUAAGCAAUUAGUUUAAUGAAUGUCUAAUAUUUCACUGGCAUUUGCAGAAGAAUUAUUACUCCAAUAUUUGUUGUAAGGUGAACUAAAUACUUGCAUCUGGAAGUUGCACUCUCUAGACCUACUCACUAUAUUUGACUGUUUGACAAGCUGUAGCUGUACUUAAAUAUCUUUUUUCUUUUAAAAUGGCCUGUGAUAGUUAUUCCUUUUUUGAAAAGGAUAAAAAUUAAAAUGAUGCUCUAAUAUAUAGUCAUUUUUUUUUCUUUUGUUGUAUGUAAGGUAAUUGGAACAAUUUUCUUAAUACUGUUUGUAUAAAAACAUUAGUGUUAUUCAUCAGCAUCCGCCCCCACUCACUAAAGGUCUUGCCUUCUUUGUUGUCUGGUGUAUAUUUAAAUAUAGCUACAAAAGUUGCUUUCAAUUUUUCAAAUUGUUCUGUUUCAACUGCCCAGUACUGUAUAUUCUGUGAAAAUUGUGAUAUUCUGAACUUGUAUAAGUGAGAAGUUUGACCUUUUAAGUUCUGCAAGUAAUUCAAAGCCUUGUGUUUAGCUGCUUGACCAUAUUUUUUAUUUCCGUUUCAUUUACCCAUUAUUUUGUCUGCAGCCAAAUAUUGCAUUAUUAGGUGCACUACUAACAAACCACAUUUGCAUUGAUUUGAAUGUCAUUUUUCUUUAGCACAAUAGAACAGGUGUGAGUUUAAAAUAGCCAACAAAUCAAAUUUAUUAGCAUUCAGGUUGUUACAUUUUAAAAUUUUAUUUUCUGUUGUUUUUUUUUUUUUUUUCAAACAAAAGCUAGACUAGAAAUAAACAAGAUUUAAGAGUUAAAAUUGUGUAAUUAGGCUUAUAACCCCAAUCUUUGAUGUCUACUUUAUCACUUCUGUACAUAAUCUUGUGUCAUACCUGCAUAGACAAAUUCACACACAAUUCAGAUUGUCACUUGGGGAAUUGUAUAAAAGAUGAGUUUACUAAUUUAUAAAUACAAUACUUGAGGUGAAUGUAUAGUUUCAAAGUUAUUUAUUGAAAUCACAUAUUAACAUGUUUAUUGUAAAAUCAAUGAUGGAGCAUAGCGACAUGUCUGCAUGCAGUCACAUGUGCCAUAACUGGAUAGAUGACAAGUUUUGUUUGGUUUGUACAGCUUUUCAUAUUUUCACCAUUUCUUGUGUUCAUUUACUUCCCAAAAACAAAUAUUUUAUUUCACUUGUACAGUUAACAUGCCUUGGUUCAUAAAAUUAUUAAAUUACAUAUAUAAAUACUUUCAUGUAUUUUUAAUGCAACAAAUACACAUUUUUUGUAUAGCACUUCUUGGUGCAUCAUUGUCACUAAGUUACUGUGAAUAUAUUUUUUCUAAUACAUCUGUUCAUUUUGGCUUUAAAAAAUCCCAUACAACGUUUAAGAGGUCAAGUCUAUCUUAAAUAUUUUCUGAAUACAAAAAAAAUGUUUACAGAGGGAAGUAAAAAAAGUUGUUUUACAUAUUUUGGGUUUUAAAAUUAUUAUUUUUUAAUCUGUGUCAUACUUAUUUUAUUGAAUUCUUAAAUUUUCUCUUCGCCUAAGGUUGAAAAAUUUCUUUAUAGCACCGUGAUUUUUUUUCUGUUAAUCUCGUCAUAAGUGUGUUAAGUUGGCCAGUUAAAACGUUUACAUGAUGUCUCAUGGUGUAGUUUUUUUAAGAGCAAGAGAUGACAAAUUGUACUUGUACCUACAAAUGGUAAUUUAUUCUACUUAUUCAUGUGUAAUCUUUUAACUUAACAGUAAGGUGGAAACUGAAAUAUUUUUUCAAGUGUUUUGUGUUGUUUUACCCUUGAUAAUUAAAUUGUUUUAAGUUUUUUCUUUGCCAAAUGAUUAUAAAAUAUUUGCAGUAUAUUUUAAGAUGCUAAAUAAACUUCUAUUCUGGAAAAAC